GGGGCGGCGCGUUGCCAUAGCGACCCCGGCCGGGCCCGCGGCGCCCGCAGCUGCAGUAAGUUGAAGCUAAAGGCUGCGAUCCCGCAGCACCCUCCAUCCUUGCAGAAGCAGCCACCAUGCCAGUCUCUAAGUGCCCGAAAAAGUCGGAGUCCCUGUGGAAGGGGUGGGACCGGAAGGCCCAGAAGAACGGCCUGCGGCGCCAGGUCUACGCUGUGAAUGGCGACUACUAUGUGGGCGAGUGGAAGGACAACGUGAAACACGGGAAAGGAACACAGGUCUGGAAGAAGAACGGAGCCAUCUAUGAAGGGGACUGGAAGUUUGGGAAGCGCGACGGCUAUGGCACCCUCAGCCUUCCUGAUCAACAGACAGGAAAAUGCAGGAGAGUCUACUCAGGCUGGUGGAAAGGUGAUAAGAAAUCGGGUUAUGGGAUCCAGUUUUUCGGACCCAAGGAGUAUUAUGAGGGUGAGUGGUGUGGCAGCCAGCGCAGCGGGUGGGGCCGCAUGUACUACAGCAACGGCGACAUCUACGAGGGACAGUGGGAGAACGACAAGCCCAACGGGGACGGCAUGCUGCGCCUGAAGAACGGGAACCGCUACGAGGGCUGCUGGGAGAGAGGCAUGAAGAACGGGCCGGGGCGUUUCUUCCAUCUGGACCACGGCCAGCUGUUUGAAGGCUUCUGGGUGGACAAUAUGGCCAAGUGCGGGACAAUGAUCGACUUUGGCCGUGAUGAGGCCCCUGAGCCCACUCAGUUCCCCAUUCCUGAGGUCAAAAUCCUAGACCCUGAUGGUGUGCUGGCGCAAGCCUUGGCCAUGUUCAAGAAGACAGAGGAAGGAGAUUGAUGCCAGAGAAAAAAAAAAACACUUCAGGAGAAAAUCGAGCCUGCGUCACCUGAUCGCUCAGACCAGUGCGGCUCUGUCUGGAGGAGUUAGCAGCGGCUCCCAGCGUGCCCCUGGCACCCUCAGAGGGCCCCUCACUCCCCCCAGCACUGGGUCGUUCCUUGCCAAUAGGAAGGCUGGUGCUUCUCUCCCAGGCUGGCCUCAAGACGCUCUUCAUUCUCUGAUCUCAUCCUGGAGUGCAUGAGAAUAAAGAAUAACCAGGUGGUGUAA